UUGAAUAAUCCGUGUACAGGCAGCGUGAGUCAGUCAGGAGCAACUGAACCGACCCGACCCGCAGCAGUGAGAACAGAACGAGUCGUCAUGAACAGCGUGAAGAGUUUGAUUCGGGGUGUCAGCAGAGUGACACCCACCCUGAGCCGUGCAGUGCAUUCUGGGACACGUACAUCCUUUUCUGUGGCAUCCAGAGCGAAACACGAGGAGCGUUCACUGACGUCAGAGGAGGUGUACGCCCGUGAGGAUCGAUAUGGCGCUCACAACUAUCAUCCGCUUCCUGUGGCGCUGGAGAGAGGAGAGGGGGUUCAUGUGUGGGAUGUGGAGGGUCGCAGGUAUUUUGAUUUUCUCAGUGCAUACAGCGCUGUCAAUCAGGGUCACUGUCACCCGAAAAUCAUCGCCGCCCUGACGGCUCAAGCAUCCAGACUCACGCUCACCUCCAGAGCGUUUUAUAAUGACAUCCUGGGCGCUUACGAGCAAUUCAUCAGCACUCUGUUCAGAUAUGAUAAAGUCCUGCCCAUGAACACAGGUGUGGAGGGAGGAGAAACGGCCUGUAAACUGGCCCGUAAGUGGGCGUACACUGUGAAGGGCGUUCCCAAAUAUGAAGCCAAGAUCAUUUUUGCAGCUGGGAACUUCUGGGGUCGAACAAUGGCGGCGAUCUCCAGCUCAACGGACCCCAGCAGUUACGAAGGGUUCGGCCCGUUCAUGCCUGGAUUUGAGCUCGUCCCAUAUAAUGACAUACCUGCAUUGGAGAAAGCGUUGCAGGAUCCGAAUGUGGCAGCAUUCAUGGUGGAGCCCAUUCAGGGUGAGGCGGGUGUCGUGGUUCCUGAUCCAGGUUACCUCACCAAAGUCAGAGAACUCUGUACUAAACACAGUGUUCUGUUCAUUGCUGACGAGGUUCAGACGGGUUUGGCUCGUACAGGUCGUCGUCUGGCUGUUGAUCAUGAAGCUGUAAGACCUGAUAUAGUGGUGCUGGGAAAAGCUCUAUCAGGAGGAGUGUAUCCUGUAUCUGCUGUGUUGUGUGAUGAUGAAGUGAUGUUGACCAUUAAACCAGGAGAACACGGAUCAACAUACGGAGGAAACCCUCUCGCCUGCAGAGUCGCUGUCGCCGCCCUGGAGGUUCUGGAGGAAGAGAAUCUGGCGGAGAACGCAGAGCGGAUGGGUCAGAUCCUCCGAGCGGAACUCAACAAACUGCCGCGAGAGGUUGUGAGCGUCGUGAGAGGGAAAGGACUCCUGAACGCCAUCGUCAUCAAAGAGACUAAAGAUUAUGACGCUUGGAAGGUGUGUCUGCGUCUACGUGACAACGGGCUGCUGGCCAAGCCUACUCAUGGUGACAUCAUCAGAUUUGCCCCGCCCCUCGUGAUAAAAGAAGACGAGAUCAGAGAGUGUGUUGACAUCAUCAGCAGAACCAUCAUGUCGUUCUGAAGUAACUGCUGCAGUGUGUUAGUUCAUAAAGCCAUGAACAUGUUACAUUACACACACACUCUUGUGAAAGUUAUUGUCAUUAUUUGUAUUAGUGACAUUUCUCUGCUGAAAUAUAGUUAUAAACAGUUACAUGUUUGUGAAGGGAAAUUCUGUGACGUUUACAGUUCAUUUUCUUCAAAGGAAAAAUAAUGAAGUCAUAUUUUAAACAAAUAUUUUAAAUUCUCGUUUUUCCAGAAAUGUAAUAUUAUUUGAUGCACUUUAACAGCAGUCGUGUGUUUUACAACCUAGACAUGAUUAAAAUUGUAUUGUGUGUAAUGUUUGCGCUUUUCAAACAAAUUCUGCUGCGUAUAUUUACUAUUAUUUUAAAUUAUAUUUUAAAGACAACUCCACCCAUUUUGAAACAAAGGGUGAAACAUCGUUGAGGAGAGACUGAAGACAUUCGCAGACGAUGAGAGAGUUUGUCAUGUUGAGGAUUGUGUGUUUAUGUUUUUCUCAUUUGACAAAUGUUCUGUAAAAUGAUUCAUGAAUGUUAAAUGAGUGUGUGUGUGUGUGUGUGUGUGUGUGUGUGUUUGCUCACACAUCACAGAUGAUAUUUGACGUUUGUUGUCAAAUAAAUGUUCAGUCUACUGACAGACUUUGUGAAAUUCUUUUGACAGUUUGAUUAGAUAAACAUGUAAACAUUGAUUGUAUCAUUAUUUACUUUGACAUUUGGCCUUCGUACGUUUGAUGGUUAUCAGAGCAAGAUGAUCUUGUGCUGUACUGUCCACUCGAUGACAUCACACACACUGAAUAAACAUGAUGCAUUCACUUUCAUGAUCGUUAU